GAUGGAAAGAGACGAUUUUUGCUUCCGUGCUAUCUACAAACAAUUAAAGACACCAAAUCACCACCGAGCUCACUAUCGAACUAAGAUAUCUCCACUGACUGAUCCAAAUGAUACAGAAGACUUGGAUUCAUUUUCAUCUUCCCUUGGGAUGAGUCUUUGUUCAGAAAGUGUGCUGGGAACCUCAGAAAGGGAUCCGGCCAAUUCCACGUUGGAUUUUCGUGCAAUGAGUGAACUACAAAGCUUUCCAUUAUUUUUGCAUACUUCAAAUAAAGUACAAAACCAGUUACUGAAACCAAAGUCAUGGACAGUGCGGCCUAAGCAUUUAAUUCUUACGAUACCAUCAGUGGAUGGUUUUGCAGAGAGAAUGCAGAUCAUAAACCAUUCCACUCGAUCUUUGUCUUUUGAACUUUCCUGGCCAGCACACUCAUUAACAGUGACACCCCAGCAUGGAGUUCUUGAUCCAGAGAGCCACAUGUUAAUUCUUGUGUGUCUAAAACCUCUCAUUGCUAAAACAUCUGUCUCACGAACAGGACAUCUUUAUGUGCACUGUGACAACACGGAAGAGUUAAUAAAGGUCGAAAUUCAAGGUGCCAUGAUUGACAAUUGUGCAACUGUACAAAGCCCAGAAGCAGCAGUGUGCAUGGAACCUUGGACACCUUACCGUCAUACAGCAAAGAUCCAAUUAAAGUCUACACCUACAAAAUUGAAGAUAAAGAACCAAACUAUAAAUUUUCCCUCAAUAUCACCAGGGUCUAGUUCAGAGUCAUUACUGGAAAUUGAAAAUGAUAGCGAAGAAACUGUACAAUGGUUUUUAUCAUUUGAAUCUCCAUAUGUAAAGUGGUUGGAUUGGAAAGGAGAUACCUACAGAGCAUUUUAUCAAGUCUUCAAAUGCUCUAGCUUGUUUGGAAUACUGCAAGGACAUAGUAAAGAGGAGUUGCCGCUAACAUUUAUGCCUCGAGGUAGGGGCAAAUAUGUUCAGCUCUGGGAUCUGGAAUAUCGUUUGUCAGCACAGCCACACAUUAAAUACACAAUUCAAUUUCAACUUCAUGGUGUGGGAACAAUACCCAAAAUGUGCUCUAAGCGAAUGGAUUCAUCCAUGGGACUGGUAACUUGUCAAGAAAAGGCAUCCUACAAUUGUGUGUUUGCUGCUGAAGAUUUUUACUUAUUCCCUGCCACCCCAGUGGGAGAAACCAGCAUGUUAAAGGUGAACUUGCGUAAUAGUUCCUCUGUUGUGCAUAAGCUGAAGUUUAUAACCCCAAAAGAGCCAUUUUAUGUCAAGUAUUCCUAUUACACACUACGGUCUCAACACUACAUCAAUUUACCCGUCCAGUUCAAACCAGAGUCAGAGGGAAUAUUUGAGGAACUCCUCAUCAUACAGACUGACAUAUGUGGGAGGCUCACUAUUAAACUUACUGGUGAAGCUAUUAAAAAAGGCAAGAAAACUUGAACUGUUUUGCAGAUGAAUCGAACCCUGGUGGAAAAUUGAAAAUUACCAGCUUUGUGUAACAAUUUUAAAUACAUGCAUUUUGUAACUCAAGCCACAUAAACACUGCUGGUUUGAUUUGACACUUAAUCUGAAAGGAAGAAUAAGUAUUAUGAUACAUAUUCAAUAAGAAAACUAGCUUACUGUGGAAAAGAAUUGCAUAUUUCUACC